CCUGGUUGUUGUAGGGAUAGUAGUGUCUUUCUGUCAAACAUAAAUUCGGGGAAGUUGGCGGAUAGGAACAGUGCUCCCAGCGGUGCUGUUGAUCAGAGCCCACUGGGUAGUUCUGUGUCCAAAGACAACCAAAACUCAGAGGGCGGCCUCCUCUCCCUGGUUCCUCGCCCCCACGUCCCUUGUUUUCAGGUGUACAGGCUUAACAGGAAGACAAGCUGAGGCCCUGAAGCUCUGUACUGCGUGGAGGUGGCGGCAUUAUCAUCCUGUGUAGAGGCAACAUGACUGAGUUCUGGAUGUGCUUCAGCUGCUGCGUAGCAGAGCAGCCUCAGCCGAAGAGGCGACGGCGAAUAGACCGUUCUAUGAUUGGAGAACCUAUGAACUUUGUCCACACCACACAUGUGGGUUCAGGGGAUAUGGGGAUGGGGUUAGGAGCAGGCAGCUCCCUGCAGGAGCAGAUGAAAUCUAAAGGUGGUUAUGGAAAUGGGGUAUCUGAAAAUGUCCAAGAAUGACCAGAAGAGAAGCCCAAUACUUUAAAUCCAAAGAAACUGUUGCUGUUCUCUGAAGCCUACAAUGCACUGCCACUGGUACUUGACAGAGGCAUCUUUCAAAUAGCCAUUUUUUGAAAGACAAACAUAAAAUGUGAGGGUGGUGGGGGGAAAGAAAUGCCAACACUGAAAUUAAAUGAACAUGUAAAUAAUUACAUUAGUAAAGCACUGCUGUAUACUGAUUCUUAUUCAACAUUGCCUAUUAUAAUGCAGCAAAGUGGAGUAAAAUGUAUAGUAUUGAACUGAAUGCCUGCUAUGAUGAUUUGAAUGCUCAUUGUGGUAUAGAGCAUGUGAAGAAAUCCAUCCCAGUCAGAAUGAUAGCUGUUGUACAGGUUUGAAUUCUGGGAUCUCUGUAUUUAUGUUGCUUCAUCUUUGUGAAAUGUUAUUAUGAUAUAGUGGCUGGCCCACUUGCAAUUUUGAGGCAAAUUUUUGUCUGAAGCCUGGUAUCUUUUGUAGUUUUCGAUGUUAGUCGAAUUUUCCACGUACGAGCAAUCAUUCUUUUGCAGUCUUUUGCAGAAUAGCCCCUCUGUAUGCUACGGGUUUAAUACUUGCUUUCCUUAUUUUUUCCCAGUUUUACUUGAUUUAGACUUCUUUG